AUGCCUCAAACCCCGUCAGCGUGUGAGAGAGAAGGGUGUGGAUCCAAGUCCUCCGAGCCAGUCCACAUGUGGGGUUCUGACAGGAGCCACGACGCACGAGCUCUGGAGAUCGUGACGGAGGACACACCUGAACUCACCUGCAGCCAGGGUUUAACAAACUGCAGUGUGAGCUCAGACGUUCAGUUCAGUCAGAAGCUGCGGGAUCCGUACGGCGCCGUCCGCAUCACGCAGGUGCAGCUCACUGCCGGCCUCUUCCUCGCUGACGUCACCGACGUGUAUGAACCAUGUCUGCAGAUCCACAUCACUCUGCAGGUUCCCAGACUCCAUGCGGUAAUUGAGGACGGGGAAGUCCGACUGCAACAAGAAAGCACCAGUUCCAAACACGGCAAGCUCUCCUGUCUAAUGGUUUGGGAUGGAAUAUUUAAAGACUGUUCAUGGCCCAAAAACAAGAGCGAGAUUGCCGUUCCAUCAGAAAUGAUUGCACCCUGCUUGUGCUUCCUGGCAUGGUGGGACGGAGACGUCCGGGUGGAAUACUGUCCUUUUAGAAAUCAUAAAGAGGCCUUUGAAAGAAUGCAACACAACAUGACUGUUACCAUGAAGGAGGCUCCGCUGAGGGGCGGUGGGACAGGGCUGUCCUGGAACGUAACUUCCUCCUGCAAACUGAAGGGAGAGGUGCAGCUGUGCAAGAAGGAUCCUGCAGAAAGCCAGUGUGAACAAGUGAUGGACUCCAGACAGAAGCUGCAGGACGUCUGGGUUAAAUCAAGGGACAGACACUGGCAAGCAGGACUGUUCAACGUGACACCCCAUCCUCUGAUCUGUGUGCAGGGGAAACUUGAAGGAAUGCAGUCAUUUUCAGAACCCCACUGUCCAUUUUCAACCUCUCGAGUGAGAUGGAUCCUACCGCUUCUCGUUGGAUUACUGCUGAUCUGUUUGGCUAUACUUGGAGCCUAUUUAAUACAAGGUGUCUUAAAAGGCUACGUUUGGAAAUGGCUGAAAGAAGACGAUGUCAAAGGCGUAGUUGGUGGUAGUCAUGUGGUGCUGCUGUACCCAUCAGAUGAGGAUAAUGAUAAGCGUCUGCCCGGGCUGCUGUGUCACCUGGGCUUAUCUCUCCAGUCCCUGGGCUUCACCGUGUCUCUGGAUCUCUGGAGCCAGGCAGAGCUCAGCGCGCUGGGCCCCGUGCCGUGGCUCCACUCACGACUGGACCAGCUGCAAAGGCAGGGGGGUAAAGUGGUGUUGGUCCUGACCCAAGCCACCUGGACACGAGCUGAAGAAUGGGGUGCCCGCAGCUGUGAGAAAAAUGGAUCGAAAAACAGAGAAAUGGAGGCAGAACCUGGGGUAAGCUACCCCCCUUCUUCACGCCACGUGGAUGUCUUCGGUGCUUCGUUGAGCUGUAUUCUUGCAGACUACUUGCAGGGUCGUGCUGGAGAGAGGUUUAUGUUAGUGCAGUUUGAAUCCCUCCCACCUGAGCCACCAGGUGGUUUUCGGUCUCUCCCACAUCUCUUUUGCGGACUUCACGUUUACAGCCUCCCAUCUCAGAGUCUGGGUUUUCUGACUGAACUCGCUGGCACCAAGAAAAUGGCCUCUGCAUCAGCCAGACGGAAAAGAGCCGGGGGGCUCAGGAUGGCAUCCCGAGCUCUGGCACAGAAACUGUCAGGGUUCACCGCUGGGACUAAUGUCUUUAGACUUGCUGGGGUGUCCCAGGGUUGUGUUGGUGGGGGAGUGGAAGACUCGGGGGAAACUGUGCCCUUAAAAUCAUAUCUCAUAACACCCCCGUCCAGCCCAGAGUCUGACCCUAAGGUUGGUGAAGUGGUUUGAAUCUGAAAGCUGCAAAGGGAAAAGGUCCGGUC